GGACAGACAGUGAUUGGAUUGUCAAAACCUCAAAACGUUCAAAACAUAAAUAUUUUGGUAGUUCUCAACAUUUAACGGAAACGAUUGUUAUAGCGAUCAUAUUACUUUACUGCAUAUUCGAUAUUACAUAAAUAGUACAAAAUGACUCGUCACGCACGGAAUUGUACGGCAGGUGCUGUUUAUACCUAUCACGAGAAGAAGAAAGACGCCGCCUCUUCCGGUUUCGGAACAUCCUCUCGACGGCUUGGAAAAGAUUCGGUCAAAAAUUUUGAUUGCUGUUCGCUCACUUUGCAGCCCUGUCACUAUCCAGUAAUAACGAAAGAAGGAUAUUUGUUCGACAAAGAAGCUAUUUUAACCUACAUUAUCACGAAGAAAAAGGAAUACGAGAAGAAGCUGAAGGAAUAUGAACGUCAGGUUAAACAAGAUGAGGAGGAGCAAGCUGACAAAUUGAGUGCUGAAUCCAAGAAGCAAUUGGAUAAGUUCAUAUCAAUUGAGAAAAAUAUUGUCAGCAGCAAAACGGUAUCUCCUGCAGAUGAGGUUCCCAGUACGAGUGGUGCCCUUUCAAAUGUGUCACUUGGAAAAAGAAAAGAAUUGCCUAGCUUCUGGGUUCCAUCACAAACACCUUCGGCGAAAGUUUCUCGAAUCGAGAAACCAGAUAGUAAAGUAUAUUGUCCGAUUUCUGGGAAGCCAUUGAAAACAAAAGACUUGAUUGAAGUCAAGUUUACGUUGGUUAAAGAUGCAUUCGAUAAAAAGUCGUUGAUCGCGAAAGAAAAUCGUUACAUGUGUGCUGUAACGCAUGAUAUUUUGAAUAAUUCAGUUCCUUGCGCAGUAUUGAAAACCACAGGAGACGUGGUCACAAUGGAAUGUGUGGAAAAAAUCAUAAAAAAGGAUAUGAUUCAUCCUUUAACCAACGUAAAGUUGACUGAAUCUGACAUAAUUCCACUUCAGAGGGGCGGGACUGGAUUUUCCACAACGAAUGAUAACCUUCAAGGAAAAGAAGAGCGACCUGCUUUGCAGUGCUAAAUGUUUCAAUUCUCGCUUAUCUAAACUAACUAUGCAAAUUAAUAUAAAAUAUAAUUAUUAUAUCAACUAA